AUGGCUGCCUCAUCAAACUUUGCACUCGAGAAGACUGCGGUUGUUCUCAUAGAUCCGUACAACGACUUCCUCCACCCCGAAGGCAAGCUCUUCCCCGCGGUGCAAGAGUCCCUCACAGCUACGGACACCGUCGCCCACCUCAAGACACUCGUGGCGGCGGCCCGAAGCCGUCGGGUCCCGAUCUUUUACGCCCUGCACCAGCACUGGAGGGAGGGAAUCUUUGACGGGUGGCGACACGUCAACCCAGCAGCUGCAGAGGCCACAGGCAUCUUCCAGGAGGGCGGCUGGGGGGAUGUCAUGCACAAAACACUGACGGGCCGCCUUUGCGCGCUUAGCGGUUUCGCCAACACUGAUCUUGACUACCAACUUCGCCAACGCGGAUUCUCCCACUUGGUUAUUGCCGGCAUGGCAGCCAACACAUGCUAUGAGUCCACGGCACGUUACGCCAGAGAGCUGACCUAUGGGACCGCUGGUUUCAGCACGGCGGCAAAGGAUGCCGCGACGAACCUUGUCUGGCCUCUGAUCGCCGAGCGUAUCAUGACGGUCGAUGAGUAUAUCUCCCAAAUGUAG